CUUGAAUAGACGGGGAACAGAAAAACUGGAGGCUGGUUUGACACGUUUUUUUGUUGCUGUUGCUCCGUGUCCAGCGUGAGAAACAUUACAGAACCUUUAAACUCAUGGCUGCGUCUAACUACUCCUUGAAGGUGAACCGAGACCUUCUGGACCCGAACUUCGAGAGUUAUAAGCUGUCUCUGGAUCCGUUACCGACGUAUAAGGUCGAGCUGGAUGCAGCUGUGGAAGAGCUGAAACUGAAGGAUGAUCAGUACACCCUGGAGCACAUGCGUGCAUUUGGCAUGUUCAACUACCUGCACUUGGACUACUGGUAUGAAGACAGCAUCCUGUUCGUGGACUGCAAAGGACGAGUUCUCAGUCUCUCUGUGACUCUGGACACCGCUAUGGGGAAACCAAAGGAGGUGUACUGUGUCCCUGCAGUAGUGUCCAGGCAGCAUGAGGACCACCUUUGCGCCUCCCUCAGCCUCACCUCGGCCACCUGGGCAGCUCUCUCUGACGGCAGCGGGCGACUGUACCUCCUCCGCACCGGCAAGAGAGGAGACGGUGCUCACACCAAGUGGGAGCCUUUGUUCAGUGAGGACAUCGGCGACCCUUUCAUCCUCCUCCACAGCAUCUCUCACGUCCAAGCUGGUGUCCACAUCAUGGAGGUUUUGUUGCUUCGCAUCCAGAAAGACUCGGAGGAAAGCAAAGGGAGCGGUUACUUUGUGUGUCUGGAGUGGAUCACUGUCCAGAACUCUGCAGGACCUGGUCAGGAGAAGAGGUAUGAGGUUAGGAAGAGGAGGGUCCUCAGGGGGAAGUCUGUGCCUCACUACGCUGCAGUGGAGCCUCAGGGGAAGGGGCUGAUGUUGGCCUCUGAGAAGCCUUUUGUCUUCACCCAUGUGGAUGGACGUCCCGUGGUGCAGCCUGAUCCAGAGCCAAUGGAGGUGGACAAAGCAGAACCACUUUACUUCUGGCAGCAGACAGAAGAAGGCAUCACGAUUUCUAUACGAAUGCCCAAAGGUGUCAGCAAGGAGAAAGUGGAGUUUGAGCUGUCUGCAGACAAGCUGAGGGUUGGAGUUGCAGGGUUCCCUUCAUUGCUGGAAGGCCAACUGUUUGCACCUGUAGACCCCACGGCCUGCACCUGGAGCAUGAAGAACGACAGCAGCCUUCAGGUGACCCUGCAAAAGCUCAGUGAGGGACCCGUGUGGCCGGAACUGGUGGUGGGCAAUAGGAGGGGGGAGUUGUUGAUGAGUGAGGAGCAGGCUGCUCUUCUUCAUGAGAGACUGACCCAUCUGACCUCUGAUGACUUGAGUGGAACCCUCGAUGAGGACAAACCUCCUUGUAACUCCCAGGAGCUGGAGGACUGUGAUGGGUUUCCUGAAGACAGCUUCAGCCUCGCACACUUUGAUGGAGACUCACUCAAACCUACUCAAGUGGUGAACCUUGGGAGCCACCAGUACCUGUUCACGGUGGAUGUAGAGCCGUCUGAGAUGCCGUGCCUCUGUCUUCGACAUGAUGUGGACGCUCUAGUGUGGCAGCCUCGACCUGAGCAGCCCAGGAACAUGUGGGAGCACAUUGCCACCUUCAACGCUUUAGGUUAUGUUCAGGCAUCUAAACAGGAUAAGAAGUUUUCCACCUGUGCACCUAAUUUCUCCUAUGCAUCUCUGUGCGAGUGUAUUCGUCGCACCUUCAUUUAUCGGCAGCCGUCGCCAGUGGAGACCGUCCUCUUCAACAGGAAGCAGGGCCGCCAGGUGGGAGAGGUUGCUAAGCAACAGGUGGCCAGCCUAGACUCAGACAAGCCAAUCCUGGGCUUCCGAGCAACUAACGAGAGACUGUUCAUCCUGACCUCCUCUACUCUGUUUGUUGUGAAGGUCAAUAAUAAUUAGAGGAUGCCGUCGUUCGUUGGGUUUGGAUCGUUUUCUGUUCAGACUGCAGAGCAAGAAAAAGUGGCUAAAGCAUUUUCACUGUACUUGUUUGAUAAAUAAAUUAGAAAAAAAUACCCAUA